UCCGCUUGCGCCCACAUCGGCGGGGGAGGGGCGGCAGGCAACCUUUGGGACGCUCGACCGGAGUCGUCGCCGCCGCCGCCACCCCGCGCACAGCAGCGCUCGCCGCUCCUGCCUCCCUCUCCCAUCAUGUCCGAUUUUGACAGUAAUCCCUUCGCCGACCCGGACCUCAACAACCCCUUUAAGGGAGAAAAAUCAGGGAUGCCACGGACAAAGAGCGGUACUGCAUCCCAUAACUACCUUUCAAGUGUGAAACCCCUGCAAACAUGGGACACGGAGCAGGAUCCUUCAGUUACACAAGUGACAAGAAAUGUUCCUCCAGGACUAGAUGAAUACAAUCCUUUCUCGGAUUCUAGAACACCACAACCAGGAAAUGUCAAAAUUCCCAAUGUGCCCAGUACGCAACCAGCUAUAAUGAAACCAACAGAAGAACCACCUGCUUAUACUCAAAUUGCAAAGGAACAUGCCUUGGCCCAGGCUGAACUGCUUAAGCGUCAGGAAGAAUUGGAAAGGAAAGCUGCUGAACUCGAUCGCAGGGAAAGAGAAAUGCAGAGUCUCAACCAGCAGGGAGGAAGGAAAAACAAUUGGCCUCCACUUCCUGGAAAUUUCCCAGUAGGUCCCUGUUUUUAUCAGGAUUUCUCUGUCGACAUCCCUGUAGAGUUUCAGAAGACAGUAAAAAUUAUGUACUACUUGUGGAUGUUCCAUGCAGUAACACUAUUUCUUAACAUCUUUGGAUGUCUGGCCUGGUUUUGCUUGGACCCGAAGCGAGGAGUUGACUUUGGAUUGAGCAUUCUCUGGUUCUUGCUUUUCACUCCUUGUUCAUUUGUCUGCUGGUACAGACCACUUUAUGGAGCCUUCAGGAGUGACAGUUCUUUCAGAUUCUUUGUUUUCUUCUUUGUGUACAUUUGUCAGUUUGCAGUUCAUGUCCUUCAAGCUGCAGGUUUCCAAGGAUGGGGCAACUGUGGAUGGAUUUCAUCUCUUACUGGACUUAACCUUAGUAUUCCAGUAGGUAUUAUGAUGAUAAUCAUAGCAGCACUUUUCACAGCAUCUGCAGUCAUCUCGCUAGUUAUGUUUAAGAAGGUACAUGGGCUGUACCGCACAACUGGAGCAAGUUUUGAGAAGGCCCAGCAAGAAUUUGCAACGGGUGUGAUGUCCAACAAAACUGUACAAACUGCUGCAGCUAAUGCAGCAUCAACAGCAGCAACUAGUGCUGCUCAGAAUGCUUUCAAGGGUAACCAAAUAUAGAGAAAGAGAGAGAUGAAAAUCACUACAAUUUUCUGGCUGUACUUUAUUUUCCAGUCACUUAUAGUCCCUACAGACUUGUGUUCAAAAUGCACACAGCAUGUAUGUCUCCUCUUCAGCUGUGCAUGGGCUAAAACGGGGGGAAAGGUCCUAAUUGUUUCAUUCCUUUAUACACUUAUUUAUUCAAAAGUACUUCCUGGAUACUCUCUAACUUAAAAUUGUUUGAAGUAUAUUUUUUCUCCAUAUUUUUGGAGGCGUGCUGUGAAAAUUUCAACAGUGCAUCUGAAAUUGAUAUGGCAGCUUCUGGGGUCACCUUAAACGAUUUUAGGAGUUUUCUGGUCAAUUGUUCUUUCUGGGACCUUUCACUUUGACUUGAGACAAGCACUUUGGAGCAACUCCUUUUGUUCCUAACAGUUUGCUUCCCUAUUUUCUGUGUGAGAAACAGGGCAGCUGAUGGGUUUGAACUUGAAAUUUAGCUGCUGCUGUACAUCUUCAGCAGCUGAUGAAGGACAGAUGUAAGCUUAAAAUAAGUAUGAUAGAUAAUGUAAAUUCUUUUUUUAGGAUAAUAGGUCUUUUGAUAAAAAUAUGAGUUUGCAUGAAAUAGUUAUUUGGCCACGUUGAGCUUGUGUUUUGGUUCAGAAUCUGUCUCUAUAACUAUGGUUAUAGUAUUUGUUGGGAUCUGUUUUCAUGGUGUAUGGUCUUCUAGCUUGGAAUGGUUUUGUUACACAGAUAUUCUCACUGAAAGAAUAUGUAAUGCAAAAUGCAAUGAAGAGAAGUUAAUUAAGUUUAAUAAGACCUGAGUGAUUACAUCUGUUUUUACUUUUAUUUAUUUAUUUUAGCCAUUUAUAUCUCGCCUUUCUCCCCAAUGGGGACCAAAAGCGGCUUACGUCAUUCUCCUCUCCUCCAUUUGUCCUCACAACUACCCUGUGAGGUAGGUUAGGCUGAUAGUGUGAGAGUGGUCCAAGGUCACCCAGGAAGCACGGUGGCAGAAUGGAUAUUUGAACCUGGGUCUCCCUAGUCGAACACUCUUAACUACCAUACGACACUGGCUCUCAUAUUCCUAACUUUGGGAAACACCUAAAAACAAUGUUAUCCUAUCUCUUGAAUGCUCCUAUAUAGCUGGAUCUGUCUGAGGUGUUAAAUGCAGUGACAUUUUUGUUGUAUUUUAAGCAUUGUUUUUUUUAAGUGUGCACUUGUGUUUAACAAUGGUACUACAUCCUUAGCCUUGUCAAUCACUCUAUUUACUGGUUGUACAAACAUCUGAAUAUACAGUUAUCUUAUUUAGAUUUUUAACCUAACCCAUAGUCUCUAAUCAAGGUUUUUCAAACUGGCAUUUAAUUAUGUUCUUGAAUUAUUUUUAACAUACCUCGGCCUUCACAUGCAAUGUAAUCAAUUGGCAUUUUAUAAAAUGCAUUUAUUCAGAAGUUGGUUUAUCACAGUAUCAGUCAACUGGGUAUGUGUUUUACGGAGCUAGUAAUUGUCUAGUAGCUUUAGUUGAACAUCAUAUUCUGAGAUUUAAUAGUCUGUCAGUUCAUGUUGUUUUAAUUUGAUGUUCUAAGAAAGAUGGAUUGUUGAAUGACCACCUAGAAGAUAUCUUGGAUUACCUUUUCAAAUACUUCAGAUUCUGUCACUUCAGGUUCUGUCGCACUUUAUAUACUGCUUAAGGUUUUGCAAGAUAGAUCCUAAUAUCAGUACAUUCUAACACAGUAGUUACUUAGCAAAAUAACAAUCCAUGCAGGUCUAAUACCUAAAAUAGGGUGUGCUUUCAUACCUUAAAUCAUGACUGUUACUUUAUAGGCCUUAAAUAAUCAGGAUAAAUUUAGUAACUUCAUCACAAUCACAAAUCCUGUAAAAUAAACUAUGUGGAGUUAUAUUUUAAACCAGGUUGUUUUCAGCUUGUUUGUAAAACAGAAGGCAAGUAAAAUCAUAAUAGCUUGAGUGUAUUCCAGAUUAGUAAAAGACGUUAGUCUUUGUUUUGUUUUAUUUAUUAAACUUAUUUACAUUAUUUAUAGUCCACCUUUCUGUGAGUCAAGAUGGAUUACACAGAGUAAAUCAAUACAAUCAACAGAACAGGACAGCCAAUGAACAAUGCCAAAAGGAUUUAGAUUGUAGAAAUCUGGAACCAACCAGACAUCUGAAAUGGAGCUGAAGCAAAGCAUAAGUAUUAAUGUGACAUGUUAAAUGAUGGGAAAAUUACAUAGUAGAAUAGUACUUACAGCAAUGACAAUAUGAAAUAUGCACAGUGGCACAGACGACAGUCCCUAACCCUCUACCCAGGUCUCUUUGGGAGCCAUUUUGUUACCACACAGACCAAUUCCUUGUGUAACAAGCACCAUUCCUUAAGGUGGGAGCCACAACAGAAAAUGCACAUGUGGGCAGUUUUUUUUCCCAUUUGCAGGGUGGCAUUUGCAGAAGGCCCUGUUCAGAUGAGUGAAGCUGUUGUAGUGGAACAGGGGCAGAGGCAGCAGAUAUGAGGGACCUAAACCUUGAAGGGCUUUCUGUCAGCCAGUACCUUAAGUUGAGCCAGGUAACUGAUGGGCAGCCAAUGAAGUGACUGCAGAUUGGAAGUAAUGUGCAUGUUCCAUCUAGCUCCUGAUAAUAGUCAAGCUGCCAUGUUCUGCACCAACGGGAGUCUCUGAGUUGACUUUGAGGAAAGACCAUUGUAGAGUGCUUUACUAUUUAACUGUGCCAUGGGUGGCCAAAUCAGCUUUAUCAAGGUAGAGGGCCAUCUUCUGGGUUAGACUGAGUUGGAAGAAAGUGCUUUUUGCAGCUGCAUUAACUUGUUUCUCCAGCAGUUAUGUUGCUCUUAACUAAGUCAGCAGGGGUCAGCUGAACCACAUUGAAGGUUGGAAGCACAGUGUCUUUAAAUAUCUCCACCUUCUCAACCAGAAUUACCUUUGUCUUUCCAGGGUUUAGUUUCAGUUUGUUCACUCUUAGCCAGUUAGCAGCCAGACGGCAAUUCAGGGCCUCGACUGCAUCACCAGGAGAUUUGGAUGAGUAUAUAUAGAGCUUGGUAUCACCAGCAUAUUGAUAACAGCCAACUUCAAAACUAAGGGCUUGAAAUAGAGAUUGAAAGCAGAGGGGGAUAAGAUUGCACCCUGUGGAAUCCCACAGGAUAGGUCUCACUGUGAUGGUCUUCAGUGGCAACCAUUUGAAACCAUCCAGAAGGAAUGAUUUGAAGCGGUCUAAUGCACAUUCUGAUACCCACUUAUGCCUCCAAUCACUUCAACAAAAUGGUAUGAUCCCCUGUAUUAAAGGCUGCAGAUAAAUACCAUAGGAGCAACAAAGAGGCAUGGCCUUUGUCUACAGAUGGAAGUCAGCAACUAUAAAGCCAUCAAGGCUAUGUCUGUCUCAUAGCCCAGACUGAAAAUUGUGCAGAGGAGAUGAAUUAUCCAAGAAGACCUGCUCUCUCAAUUACAUUGUCCAGAAAGGGCAGAUUAGCGACUGGGUGAUAAUUAUUUUUUCUAGGGAUAAUUUUUUAAGUAGUGGGUGGAUCUGCUUUGAGACACCAAGGGAAGGUGCCUGAGUUAGUGCCUAAUUUCUAAUAAACAGUAAGGGAUCAUUGAUGUGUUCCUUCAUUUCAUAAUUUUAGCAGCCAGGAUGGACAAGGGUCCAGGCACAAGUAGCAGCAUCCACAGAUCCCAGCACCUUGUUAUUAUCCAUCCUGGAAACUGGGUCAGAAUGGUCUCUAAAUAGACCAGAUGGUCUAUUGGGCAUUUCUUCUGGUGGAUCUAUGUUACAACUGGAAUCCAGAUCAGAGUGUGUUCUUAAUAUCAACAAAAAAUUGCAAAAAGUAUCGCAACUAAUUGUCUGUUCCUGAGACAAUAAAGUCUCAUAUUUAAGAGUCAGCAGAUGUUGAGCUAUCUUGAACAAUUGUGAACUAGCUGAUGGAACAAUAGAAGAGAAAUAAUGUUUAUUUACCACUGUCACCACCACUUCAUAGCGCUUUAUAGCAUGAUCUGACAAAUUUAGUACAAGUUAUCUGCGAGCAACAUUCUAGAUGUUUUCUGGCCUUCUUCAGGUCUCAUCUCCAUGGUAAAGCUGGAGGCUGGGUUCUGCGCCAAGGAUGGGAGAUGUUGAUGAGGGGUAAUCUUGGCAAUAGCUUCAAGGAGCUUCAUGUUAUACACACACCCACACACACCCAACAGCCUAAACAAAAUAUGUAUUUGGAAUCCUAAAAUACCUCCAAGUGUUGUGGAAUCCAGUAGAAUCCAUGAGCCUCUGUGGGUGGACCAUUUUAACUGGAUCCCCUUUUCAGUGGGGUGUCAGAGCCACUUCACUUUUGCCUUGAGUAGGCAGUGGUCAGACUAUGUUCCAGGCUGAAUCCAACCAUGAAAUCAAAUCUUCCCUCAAAAGCUCAGUGCAAAAUAUUAAGACCAAGGUGUGAGCACAUUUAUGUGUUUGGCCUGUCAUGACUUGAGAGAUGGUCAAGGCAGUCAUAGACACUAUGAAAUCCUGGGCUAGUCCCAGCAAGGUAUUUUCAGCAUGAAUGUCAAAGACCCCCAGAACAAUCAGUCAAGGUGUCUCCAACAUCACAGCUGACAGUACCUCUGCCAAAUCAGAGAGGGUGCCCAUUGGAGAACUAAGUGGUUGGUAAAGAACCUGAAUGCUUAAUCUAUCCAUACUCCCUAAUAUAAGGAACAUAUGGUCAAUCCAGUGAUAGUUUACACUGGAAGUCUACAGAAGUUGAAGUAUUCACGGAGGACAGUAGCCACACCUCCUCCCUGGCACACAAAAGGAAGGCAGGAGUUCCUGACACCAUAACCUUUAUCCACUAUACUCUGUAGUUUGAAUAAUCCCCAUUUUGUAAACCAAAUUAAGUUGUGCAGAUAUGAAUAUAAUGGUUUGACUUCUAUAGUUAUUAUCAGUUGCUUAAUUUUGAACAUUAGGGGUAAUGAUACACAGAAGCAAGAACCAUCAAAUGGUGAGUAUGAAAACCACUCACGGAUCUGUCCUAGACCCAAUAUCUUUGCCUGUGCAAACCCCCGGAAAAAUGUGUAUAUAUUGUUGCAUAUUUUUACUUUUAUUUUACUCCUUUAUUCUGUAUCAAUAACAAGCAGUUUGUUGCUAAUCUCAGUUGUUAUCCUCAGAAUCACAUCAGAUAGCAAAAAAUGUAUUUGCAUUUUUAAAAAGGUGGUUCUGCAAUACAUGUUUUUCUCAGGGGUAGUGUAGAUUUGAAGUAGAAGCAGGCUGAGUUUGCAGUAAUCUUGUACCAAUUUUGGUCCCAGGAAAUGAAAUAUAAAAUAUAAAUUUUUAUGUUUAGUUAUUCUCUCUCAGACCAACAUCUAGAACAUCCUAGUACAAUUACAGUUCUGUAUUAAGUCAGGAGAAGCUAAGUUAAUCUUGAGCUUUUUCUGAUUUGAAAUGUGUUAGGAGAAGGCUGAUGUAUGUUAAAAUUCUUAACAAAAAUAAAGGUAGUGUGUCAGUUAACAAAUGUAUGCCUAUUUAAGCCAUGUUGUAGCAGCCAAUCGUGGCAAGUUUUGUUCAAAAUACAAAGUUUCAUCACUGGAAUGUCAGUAGGCUGUGAUCUCUUAUUUAGGCAUUGGAGUUAUUUAUCUGAGGGAUGCCUGUAUAUUUUGUAAAUUAUUAACAAUGCUUUGCCAUCCUGGUGAAUGUCACAAUUCUGUACAAAUGCACACAGAUCCUCUGAUGUUGCAUGUUCGAGUAGUUCAAAGGUUCUGCAUAUUUAUUGUAUUAACUCAGUCACAUAGAAUAAAAUGUUUCUGGACAGUUUGCUCUGUAUAGUUUUAAAAACAAGGAAGUAGGGUUUUUUUGUAAAAGGUAAGAUAAAAUGCAAGAGGUUUAUGUAUAAAAGAGAUCACAUAUUUUACCUGAUCCAGCUCUAGUCAAGCAUUGUCAACACAGUGUCAGAACGGAGAUAGGGAUGUACAUUGAAUUGAAAGCAAUGCAGUGCCAUUCAUAUGUGAGUGUCACUCUAAUGUCUGUCUGCGUCUGUGUUCUGGCAUUAGUAAUAAUACAGAAAUAAAUGCAACUAAAGCUGAAUUGGGAAUUUGAAUUUUUGUAACCUGUAUAUAAAUUCUGCUGCAGUGGAAAAAGUAUGUCAAUUAUCAGAACAACAAUUAGAAUUAGAAAUGGUCUUAAGGAAGAAUCAAGCUAUAGGCACAGUGUUUAGUUUUGUGAUGUUAAUUGGAGAGUUUGAAAAGAAAAUAUGAUUUGUUAGUACUUAUGAAAUCUGCAAGUAUUAAAUUUGUCUGGGAAUUUGUUGGAAGUAAAAUGAAACUUGUGAAAACA